AUGAGAAAAUGGAUUGGGUUUGAUUUUGUGUCGAGCGGUGGCUUGGGGUCGCAGCAGCAGCAGCAGCAGCAACAGCAGCAGCAGCAGCAGCAACAGCAGCAGCAGCAGCAGCAGCAACACAAGAUGAAGGGUACUUCUGAGGGAGCUGCUGCAGGAGACUCUUUGGCUGCAAACGGAACAGCCAAAGGGCGCAGCAAAGACACAUCCAGCAGCAGCAGCAGCAGCAGCAGCAGCAGCAAGGACAAAAGCAAGACGCGGCACAGCAGCAGCAGCAGCAGCAGCAGCAGCAGCAAAAGGCGCGACAGCAGGAGGGAGAAGAGACACAAGGAAAAGAGAAAAGGAGACAGAGAAAGAGACAGAGAAAAAGACACAGGAAAAGACAAGAAGAGCAGCAGCAGCAGCAGCAGCAGCAGCAGCAGCAGCAAAAGCAGCAAACAAAGAGAUGGCUCUCCUGCGCGGGUGAAGAGGCAGGAAAAGAGCAGCAGCCGCCACCACCGCAGCAGCAGCAGCAGCAGCAGCAGCAGCCGCAGACGCAGCAGCAGGAAGCACCGCAGCAAACACAGCAGCAGCCCAGAGCGCCGCAGGGGACGCAGCAGGAGACACAGCAGCAGCAGCAGCAGCAGCAGCAGCAGCAGCAGCAGCAGCAAAAGGAAGAGGCACUCCAGCAGCCAGAGAGACAAAGGCGGAGACGCCAAGCGAAUACACAAGGCUGCUGCUGCUGCUGCUGCUGCUGCUGCGCCUGCAGCAGCAGCAGCAGCAGCAGCCAAAUCGGCUGCCUCUGCUUCGACCGCGCCUGAUCGUGCUGCAGUGCUGCAGUCAGCAGCAGCAGCAGCAGCAGCAGCAGCAGCAGCAGCACCAACAAAAGCAGCAGCAUUGCCAUCAACAGCAGCAGCAACAUCUCCAUCAACAGCAGCAGCAGCGUCACCAUCACCACCAGCAGCAGCGCAGCCAGCAGCAGCAGCAGCAGCAGCACCAGCAGCAGCAGCAGCAGCAGCAAAGAGAAAGACAGGCGCGCAGCAGCAAAGAGCAGUGGACUCAUCGCCACCCAGAGGGGGCAUGCGCUACACAUCCCCCGGCAGAUCACCUGGGCGGGAGCGGCGCUCUCCCUCCUACGGGGCCUACCGCGGCGCAUCUGGGGACUGCAGCAGCAGCAGCAGCAGCAGCAGCAGCAGCAGCAGCAGCAGCAGCAGCAGCAGCGGUGGCGGCUUGAAUGAUGACGCUUUCGAGGAGGAAGAAGAAGAAGAAGAAGAUGAGGCUUUCGACUUUUCUCUCACUGGCGGGCGCUUCUUCGAGCUGCUGGAGCAGCCAGUCACUUGCGUCUGCGUGGGGGGCACUUUGCCGAUUCCAGAGCCAGUGCAGACUUUAGAAGACUGCCUGCCCAGCAGCAGCAGCAGCAGCAGCAGCAGCAGCAGCAGCAGCAGCAGCAGCAGCGGCAGCAGCAGCAGCAGCAGCGGCAGCGGGGAGGGGCUGCUGGCCCCGCUGGUGGUGGAGAACUUGAAGAAGAUGAAGUGCAAGUGGCUGCUGCCGAUCCAGCGGUUUGCUUUUCCUGCUGCAGCAGCAAACCACGAUUUGUUGGCUAGAGCAGCAACAGGCUGCGGCAAAACCCUAGCUUUUUUGGCCCCUCUUGUUUCCAAGUCUUUGUCUUUCAAGGGUUUGUUCAGGCCCCACUUCCCCGGCAGCCACGCCCAGGCCUCUCCGGUGUCUGUGGUGCUGUGCCCCACUCGGGAGUUGGCGAUGCAAAUUGACGAGCAGCUCGCGAGGCUGGUGGCGGGCAGCGACCUUUCGCACAGCCUGUGGAUCGGGGGCGUCUCCGCGACGGAGCAGGUGCACGAGAUAAACCGGCGGCAGAUCGACGCAGCUGUCUGUACACCCGGGCGAGUGGACGAGUUGUGUUUGCGAGGAAAAGUCUCUUUAGAAUUUGUUCAACUUUUGGUUUUGGACGAGGCGGACGCAAUGCUGGACUUGGGACUGCAGCAAGUCAUGACGGAGUUGGCCACGAGUCGGGACAUGCCCGCGAGUCGGCAAACCCUUUUAUUUUCUGCAACUUUUCCGGAAAAACUUUUAUCUCUUUUGCCUCUCGUUUUGAAAUCUCCUUUUUUUAAAAUUGAAGUUCAAAGUGACCAAAACAAACUCCAGCAACAAGCCUCCAUUCAGCAGGAAGUCAAAUGGUUGCCAACAUGGGAGGAAAAAAUCGCAGAACUAAUCAAAGACAUCAGCGCCUUCAAAGAGUCCACCGCCGAAGACCCAGGGGCCCCCUCGGGGGCCCCCUCCCCCCCGGGGGCCCCUCCACCCCCGGGGGGGGG